AUGUCCGAAACCAAAGAUGUUGAGAUGAAAGGCGAAGAGUAUGACUCUACAGCCGAAACAAAAGCGAUUGUUGAGGAGAUUGAACAAUCAUUCAAUCUAUUGGAGAAAGCGGCCACUUUAUUUGACAAUAGAUAUGUGUCAAAGGUGCUUCGUGAUUUUACCCCAUUGAGAAAGAGAUUAUUAAGUCAUGAUCAGGCUUUACCUACCGUAAUAAACAACACUUUCCCUGACUCCAACUCAGCAAAGCAAGAUUUGCUCAGGUUAUUUAAAGCAUCACCCGUUGCGGACUUAGGUUCCACCAAAAUACAACCAUUCAUUCCUGAAGUGGAGUUGUACAUCUACUUACUAGUUCAAGUUUAUUUGUUGGAUUCAAAUGAAUUACAGAAAUUGAAUGAAUUAAGCUCCCAUUUAGUGAGAUUGAUGAACUCCUACAACAGGCGUUCUUUGGACUUCAUUCAAGCAAAAGUGUGGUUCUACAUAAGCAGGGGAAAGGAGUUGACUAGUGACUUGUUGUCUGUACGUACAGAUUUGUUGUACAGUUUGAGAACUGCCAGUUUGAGACACGACACGGAAACCACAGCUUCCAUUAUCACUUUACUAUUGAGGAACUACUUAUUGUCUCACGAUAUUCAGCAAGCUGCAAAUCUCGUGGAAAAGGUGGUUUUCCCAGAAAAUGCAGCAACUGCCUUAGUCGCAAGAUACUAUUAUUACUUGGCAAGAAUCAAUGCAGUUCAGUUGGACUAUACUACGGCUCAUGAGUGUGUAAUUGCUGCAAUUAGGAAAUCACCUCAAACUAAACUGACAAAUGGGUUCAUGCAAGCAGCAACUAAGUUAAAUAUUAUCAUUGAGUUGCUCAUGGGUGAAAUUCCUGAAUUGAAAACAUUCAAGAGCAAGACGGGAAGUUAUGAACCAUAUUUUGACGUUACAAAAGCGGUUAGAUUGGGCGACUUGAAGUUGUUUGGACAGGUUUUGAAACAAUAUGAGGAUGCAUUCAAGAGGGAUGACAAUUUUACUUUGGUCUCAAGAUUACGUCAAAAUGUCAUCAAGACUGGUAUUAGAAUAAUUUCCUUGUCGUACUCAAAGAUUUCCUUGAAAGAUAUAUGCAUCAAGUUACAUUUGGAUUCGGAGGAAUCCACUGAAUAUAUAGUAUCCAAAGCAAUAAGGGAUGGAGUAAUUGAAGCAACAAUUAAUCAUCAGCAGGGCUACAUGCAAUCAAACGAAAUUCUAGAUGUAUACUCAACAAGGUUACCACAAACAGAAUUUGACCAUAGAAUUAAGUUCUGCUUAUCCUUACACAAUGAUAGUGUCAAGUCCAUGAGAUUCCCCAAUGACGAUGAUAAGCAAGCGGUUAAUAAGGAAAUAGAACCCAGUGACGAAGUAGAGUUGUUGAAAGCCAUAGAGGAAGGUGACUUGGAUGACUUUAUGGAUUAA